CCGGGCCUAAUAGAGUCAAGGCUUCUGAGGAGAGGUUGGGGAGGAGCCACAGUGUAGGGGUCGAAUGGCGGUGGCGGAGGCUGGAUCCUUGUGCAGCCAGUAGAAGAGAAGAGCCUAAGAGUCAAGGCCAAAGAGAGCCAGCACGGGGAUGAGGAAUCGGGACCAGCAGAGGUGCGGCCAAUGUGCGGAUAGGGCCGAGAAGGCUGGGGUAGCAACCAAAAGACCUGGAGCUGAAGCAGAGCGAAGAGUUGCGAGGAAGUCGACUCCACUACGGGAUGCUUCCGGGAUGGGGCGUGGCUAACUCCCCGGCCCGUCCCCUUCUUUGUUCCACUCCCCCAGGCAUCGUGGCUUUUAACGGACAGCGCUGCCGGACGCUGCGCAAUUUUGCACUUGGAGCACUUAAGGAGUUCGGCUUGGGUACGCGGACCAUCGAGGACCGUGUCCUGGAAGAGGCGCCUUGUCUGCUUGGCGAAUUUCAAGACAGCGUUGGAGCUCCGUUCGACCCCCGGCGGCUACUAGAUAAUGCUGUAUCUAACGUUAUGUGUUCCGUGGUCUUUGAGAACCGCUAUGGCUACGAGGACCCAGAGUUCCUGAGGCUCCUGGACCUUUUCAAUGACAACUUCUGCAUCAUGAGUUCCAGAUAGGGUGAGGUGAGAGGGUUGGCCCCCAUCCCUCCCUCGUGUGCCCAAUCUAUGCCAGAUUCCGAGUACAUGGACCUACCUACAUUGGAUCAUUAGAAUGGGGCAGUCUUAGAAUCUUGGAAUGGAAGAGUUUUAGAACCUACAACAUCAAAGUCCUGGUCCAGUCUCCCCAUAGGGAAACGAAUGGUCUUGUUCAAGGUCCUAUUGAUUUCCUGUCCCCCCAGAUGUACAUUUUCCCCUCCCUCCUAAAAUGGCUCCCAGGCCCACACCACGGAAUCUUCUGAAACUUAGCAGAGCUUAAGAGUUUUCACCUCUCAGCAAACCCAGCAGCAACCGGCAGCCCGGGGAACCCCGCAAUUUCGAUUGCUUCCUGAUCAAACGGAUAAGGUACAGGGCCCUGCUGCCCACCAGCAGACGCCUGGCUCCUCUACCCACAGAAGGACCCGGAGAGCCAUUUCCAGGAGACAUUGGUGAUGACGACGCAUAACCACUUCCUUGGCAGUACCGAGGCCACAAGCACCACCCUGCGCUAUGGACUCCUCAUUCUGUUCAAAUACCCAGAGGUGGUAGGCUUCUGAGCUGGACAGCUAGGGAUGAGGCGGCUAGGGUUGUGGGUUGGCUGGAGGCUGGGGUAGUUCACAUCUCUGCCGGCCCCAGCCAAAGCGCAGGCGGAGCUGGAUCCCGUGGUAGGCCGAAUGUGGGCCCCAAGCCUGGAGGACUAAGAACGCCUGCCCUACACCGACGCCACGCUGCAGGAGAUCCAAAGCGUCUUCAGCGUGCUACCGCUGGAGCUGCCGCGUGCCCUCACCUGUGAUGCCCACCUGCGCAGCCACUUCCUGCCCAAGGUGGCCACCAAGACUGGGGAUCCUGCGCAGGGACUGGAGAGGGCCUAUUAACAGAGAUCAGCAGGCCUAAGCGUCCAGAGCACUGACUCUGGGAGCAAGAAAGCAGGCGGCCUUCCUUGCCGCUGACUUCGAAAUGGGGUCUUGGAUGGAUGUGUGGAAUAGUCACUUGCCAAUUUUUCAAGCAACCCUUGCACAUCUCCCCAGGGCACCUUCAUGAUUCCUCUCCUUGUGUCUGCACACCAGGAUCUCACCCAAUUUAAGGACCCAGACUGUUUCAAUCCCACCAACUUCCUGAAUGACAAGGGUGAGUUCCAGAGCAACAACUCCUUCAUGCCCUUUGCCCCAGGUCUGGGCUGGGCAGAGGGGACCAGCCUGGACGUGCCAUGGGGUGCAUGGGUUUCUCAUUCCACACCCCCAUGUCCCCAGGAAAGCAAUGUGCCUGGGUGCAGGCCUGGCCCGAUCCGAGGUCUUCCUCACCUCCAUUCUACAGCAGUUCUGCCUGCUCCCCGUGGGGAGCCCCGCCAACAUCGACCUCACCCCACAGUGCACGGGCCUGGGCAACGUGCCCCCAGCCUUCCACCUCUGUCUGGUGGCCCGCUGAAGUCAGGUUCAGCCACCCUCUGCUCACUGGCUCUCAGACCUCCUUACCCUCUUUGGUCAAUAAAGGCCCUGAAUUGCAGACGGAGGGAUCU